AUGUCUUAUCCCACCAAGCCAGCCUUCGUCCAUUACGGCGACUGGGACGAUGAAACCCGUCAACAUGAAGCAAUGAAAUUCAUGGAAGACUACACACACGCCUUCGAUGCCAAUUCCAUUCCAUCGCAGUCACUGCCCAAAGUCCGCGCUAAUAAUCUCGAGAAAGACCUCCUCGUCCGCUCCACCGGCCAAACCGACCAAGGCGGCGAAGCAAGUCUCGCAGCCCUGAAGAACGAAAUCUAUGCUCCCUUCGCCGCCUAUCACCACGAGCCAAGCUUCAUCGUAGCCUUCGAAACCGAGCAAGGUUGGGAGAUGAUCGGGAUUGCCACGCUUUGGUGGAAUCUUGCGGUGCCUGGUGAUGGGCCGAAACAGAAGGAUGGCAAGGGUAAGGAGUGGGAAGGUGGUGUUCCGGCUGCGUUCAAAUUUGGGUAUCGGAAGACUGGAGAUGGGAUCAAGAUGUCUGAGACGAGGAUCAUGGCGGAUCCGAGCGGCGCGUUGGUCGAUAUGGUGAAGCGUGGGAUGGUGAAGCCGGAGCAGAUUUUUGGAUAG